UAGGAUGGUCAAAUGUAAUUUACUAAAAAUGAUAAGAAGUGAGGCGAGCUCCAAUAAGCAAAAGGAGUGUCAUUGCUGUCAAACAGUUAGGAGCAGAGCUACUUGAGCAGCUCUCAUUCUCUUCAAUCAUGGAUCUGGAUCAUCUUCUACACCUCCUAAUUCCCUCAUGGACCUCUGUUGCUAUCCUGGCAUUGUUCUUCACUUACUUGGCCAUUGCUGGAUCUUUACUGCCCGGAAAACUUGUCCCCGGAGCCACCCUACCGGAUGGCUCUCGGCUUCAUUAUCGAUGCAAUGGUCUGCUAUCACUUCUGUGGCUGGUUGGGCUUCUUGGGGUCGGCGCUAAGAUGGAUAUCGUAUCGCUUACUGCAAUAUCAGAUAGAGGACUCGAGCUGUUGUCAACAACUUUUCUGUUUAGUGUUCUGGUCACAAUGGUACUUUACGCUGCGGGCUGCAAGUCGACCAACCGGGGUUCUUCCCUGAAGCCUCAUGUCACAGGGAACCUUCUUGAGGACUGGUGGUUUGGAAUACAGCUUAAUCCGCAGUUUAUGGGCAUUGACCUCAAAUUUUUCUUUGUUAGAGCUGGAAUGAUGGGCUGGCUAUUUAUCAACCUUUCGGUUCUCGCCAGAAGUGUUCAAGAUGGUACCUUGAGUCAAUCAAUGUUCCUCUUCCAGUUGUUUUGUGCGUUAUACAUCUUGGACUACUUUGUUCAUGAGGAGUACAUGACCUCCACAUGGGACAUAAUCGCAGAGAGACUGGGCUUCAUGCUGGUAUUUGGAGAUCUAGUCUGGAUUCCGUUCACUUUCAGCAUCCAGGGAUGGUGGCUUCUGAGCAAUAAGGUGGAGUUAGGAACAGCGGCUGUCGUAGCAAAUUGCUUGACAUUUCUGAUUGGGUACCUUGUAUUCAGAGGAGCCAACAAGCAAAAGCACGUCUUUAAGAAGAAUCCCAAAGCACCCAUAUGGGGUAAGCCCUGUAGGGUCAUUGGGGGAAAGUUGCUUGCUUCUGGUUAUUGGGGAAUUGCAAGACACUGUAAUUACCUCGGGGACUUGUUACUUGCACUGUCUCUCAGCUUACCUUGCGGGAUAAGUUCCCCAGUUCCAUACUUCUAUCCAAUUUAUCUUCUUAUUCUGCUCAUAUGGAGAGAAAGACGAGACGAAGCUCGUUGUGCUGAGAAGUACAGAGAGAUCUGGGCCGAAUACUGCCGGCUUGUUCCAUGGAGAAUAUUACCUUAUGUUUAUUAAGCUUCCUGACUCUGCACUUGUUAACUCUCAUCAAGUUUAACUUUGCAGUGGAGCUCAUACUUUCUUGUUUGUACUAUAAAAAUGCACUUCAUCGUGUCUGUUGAGUUAUUUCAGAAAAAUCAUCGUGACUGUUGAGUUAUUUCAGAAAAACGUAGUGCGUCCUUUUUGACGAA